ACGCAACACCACAGUCAGUCACCACAACUGUUAAAGACCGCGUGCAACGAACAGCACUCAACGAAGAUGUCCUAAACGUGACUAAAACUCUGGACCAACAACGCUAUAGUGAACUUGACAUCAGCGUAGAGGAAAACACAUCAGAUGUAACCGAGGAACAAAUCCCGGAGAGUGAAGGUGAUAGUGACACAAUAGUGGAAAACACCGAGAGGAUGGUGAUAAGCGUAGUGAAAAGAGACACUGUCGCGCUGAGCCGUCGGGGGAGGGGGAGGAAGAGGGAGAGACUCUACACGGAAAUGAUCUUGCACGACUCGACGGCGUCCAGGAGAGUCAGGCACCGCAGGCACAAAAACGCACAAAUGGCAACCACCAUCGACGACCAGAAUGAGAUUCCGAACGAUCUGCUAUUUUCACAACUGGAGAAGGAAGUGCCCGACGAAGGAUACCACUGGCAGGAUUUCGUCGCACCGAGCGAAGGGACGGAUCACAAUAUCCAGACAAAAAUAUAUAUACCGCCGAUCGAAGGAACUCAUCCGGAAAACUCACCGAAACUUUCCGUUCCUACAGAUUAUGUCCCGCUUCAUCUCGAUAAUGAGCAGCUUCUCCUGACUCCCGAGCCGUCUAGCGUACUGCCGGGGAAAGGCUCGCAGACGCAGUAUCCUCUGAUCAAGAGACGGAAGCCCAAUUUCUACUCAAAACUGAGUGUAGCUGACAGAGAGACUUAUAUGAGAAAAAUGAAUUUCAAGGGGUACCAAGUCAAGAAAGAAACCCAGACUGAAAGAGCAUUGUCAACAAUACAAAGUGACACUGACGACAUACCAAAUGAUCUUGGUUUUACAGAAAGUGAUAGUUACUUUGAAAAUGACCUGAGUAACUACAUAGGCUCGCCAGUGACUGUGUCAAACGUCGUGCCUCUCACGCAGAUAGAGUCCCCGACAUUCACACCAAAUUCACAGGUUUCUAGGCCAGUGGCAACCAUAUCUACCACUGAAGCCCUGCCUAACGUACCUAUGACAACCGUACCCUCCAGCACUGCGUCAGUUACAGUGAGCGUACGAUCUUCCACAACAUUCACAGAAACUGAGACCUCCCCAACAACAUUUAUAACAGCAGUAACUUCGACCAACGCCCCAUCAACUUCAUCUUCUGAUAUGGAUGGAGUAAUCGUUGGUCCAUCGUACUCGGAAAGCACAUCCACAACCAGCACUACAACCGCUGACAUACUUGUCGUGGAUUCCAACACAACGUUAAAAACUUCAGCUCCUCGGUCCAUCACUACGACUCCUCCUCCUUCUACUUCCACAGUGGCUCCCGAAGGAAACGAAACCGGAAAUGAAUACUCAGAGGAAAACGGGGUUCCGACGGGCACGGAUGAAGCGGAGUCCGAAUCAGACGCGGACCAAAAGUCUCCGUCUGAGGAGAAAGACACGAGCUUCUUGGUCCCUGCUUUCAUACCUGCUAAGCUUCCCUUCGGCCCGUUCAUCCCUAAUCGGAAGAAGACAAAGAACACAAGAAUCAAAACAAAAAUCUGGGGAGUCAUGCCCAAAAACAAGGCGUUUGCGAUGUACCCAGACGGGAAGGAUAACGGCAAAAAGGCUGGGGACUUUAUGAUCAACGUUCUUUCUCCUCUGUUUGGGCUGGGAAACAAAAAAUCGCGGUCUAAGAAUCGAAAAAUCCUCCUGGAAUAUGACAACGAGAGGAGCCACGACGAGGAGCUUUACAACAGCAUUGGAGGCUCGUUUAUGCCGACCGUCGGCGAGGAGGUGGAGCGCCAAACCACGGCUUACCCAUACAUCCCCUUCGUGCGCCAUCAGAAGCACAGGAUGUUCACCAGCAGCAAACUCCACGGCGGAUUCGCGUUCAUCGACAGAAUGAAGGGUCGCGAGGACUCGCCACUCGUCGUCCUCAGGCCGCAGGAAGGCGAGUCUGCAACCCGCAGCCAGAACCUAGUCGUCUUGGGCCACGUGGGAGACGACACGAUAAUGGAGACACUGAGAACCUGUACACAGUACUCAAUCUUUAACUUAACCGACCACUACAAUAUAGCUGAACUCACUCGAGACUCUUCGAAUCCCGGGCGUCAGCUCAUUGUGUAUUUAAACCUAAAGAGUAUAAAUUACGAAGGAUAUAGCAUUGUCUUAGAAAGAGCGAAGAGGAUCCUGGACCAUCUGUCCUUCACCCACGGCGGGCUAACUCUGUUCAGCGUCAUACCAAACGACGAAGAUUCUAUCAACACCACACGGAGUAAAGAGGUGAAGACCUUCCUCCUGGCACUGAACGACGACGUCCUGGACUACUGCGCUCGCGAUUAUCCUUCUUGCUACGGCACGGCCAACCUGGAGCCCAUCCUGCAGAACCUGGAGCGCGGCUACCACAAGGACACCGGCUUCGACAUCUACGACGCGAGCGACCGCACCCGCGGGACCUGCGCCUCCAACGAGGUGUGCGGCACCGAGAGCCCCGCUGUCGUUACCAACCCCAGCGCGGACCUUAGCGUAGAACAAACCCUGGCGGAUCUUGGGAACGCAGUUUGCCGUUCCACCGACCACAUCAUGCUGGAACUCAUAGCCAACAUGCCCACGUACGACUUCGAUGACUAUGCGAGGGCUUUCGAGAACGUGAAGAUUGAGAGCGACAGCACGGACUAUGGAAGAGCAUGGAAGUGGAAGUACUUUGCAGACGCGUUAACGACCGUAGUAUGUCUUCUGAGUCCAGUGACAGCUGUGAAGCCUCGCAUGUGCUCCUCCUCCCGUUUCCUCGACGGCGACAAAAACAGUAAAUUGCCAUUUUAUGCAUUGCUUGUUGGAGAAAUAACGGCUUUGUUGGUCACCGCUUACCUAAAGUUACGCCAUAAGACGCUCAUAUUAAGCCCUCAGGUACGAGCACAGACGGGCUUGGUACUCCACGACAUCCUCCCAAGGGACCUCAAGCAGUACGACAAGAACCGACCGCCUAAAUACGAAGGCCACGCGACCAUUGUGUAUUUCCACGUCACCGUCCUCUCUGUGGAUUCUAUCGAUGAGGAGUCUAUGACGUACGUGGCAGACAUCUUCCUGGCGCAGAGCUGGCGUGACCAUCGCCUGCGGCUGCCGGAGAACAUGACGGAGGAAUACCGCAUCUUGGACGUGGAGUGGUUACACAACAUCUGGCGUCCUGACUGCUUCUUCAAGAACGCCAAGAAAGUAACAUUCCACGAGAUGUCGGUUCCGAACCACUACCUCUGGCUCUAUCACGACAAGACGCUACUCUACAUGGCCAAGUUAACGCUGGUGUUGUCCUGUGCCAUGAAAUUCGAAGCCUACCCGCAUGACACGCAGAUAUGUUCUAUGAUGAUCGAAAGCUUGUCGCACACAACGCACGACCUGGUAUUCAAAUGGAACGAGACGGAUCCUCUGGUCGUGAAUCCGGACAUCGAGCUGCCGCAGCUGGACAUUUCUCGCAACAACACGGAGGACUGCACCCUCACCUACUCCACAGGCAAUUUCACGUGUCUGGCCGUGGUGUUCAACCUGCGGCGUCGCCUGGGCUAUCACCUGUUCCACACCUACGUCCCCUCCGCCAUCACCGUCGUCAUGUCCUGGAUCUCCUUCUGGAUCAAGCCCGAGGCCAUCCCGGCUCGGGUCACCCUCGGCGUCACCUCGCUCCUCACGCUGGCCACGCAGAACCAGCAGUCACAGUCGUCGCUGCCUCCGGUGUCGUACAUCAAGGCCAUAGACGUGUGGAUGUCGUCUUGCACGGUGUUCGUGUUCGCGUCGUUGCUUCAGUUCGGUCUUGUGAACUAUUUCAUGGACGCCGAGCCACUCACGAAGGAUAUGACAGGGUACUCCGUCGAGGACCUCACUGAUCUGGAUGACAAGAAGUCAGAGGACGGUAGAGCGAACGGCUACUCUCGAAGUCGAAGCAGAAGUCGGAGCCGCUUGAGAUCGCAUAGUCCUGGAGUGCCGCAGUAUGUGGUCCACCGCUGCACGGGGAAAGACAUCGCGAUAUACAUUGACAAAUUCUCGCGAUUUUUCUUCCCCUUUGCCUUCUUCAUCUUAAAUGUGUCGUACUGGACCACUUACGGUACAAUGUGAGGUCCCCUUGUUAAUGUGGCCGAUGAUGGUACUGUUUUAUAACUUCUUUUUUUCCUUUGUGCGAGACUAUUUCGUGUUUGCAUAAAUAGCGUCACCGUUGAGCUGAUUCUCCAGUACUCCCAAGAUUCGCAUGUACAGAAGUAAUUUUUUGUAUUUGGCUAACUUCUGUAACAGACUUCUUCAUGCGUGUACUGAGUGCAAGUUCCAAGAAAACUUAUUUUACUGGAGGGACGCUUCGUCAGUGUCCGUACAGACUGAAAUGUAUGAAGGAACGUUUUCUAGAGGACAAUAAACUCUUUCCUCUACCGUGUAAGAUUCCAGUCAGUCGUCUCCUUGAGGCAAUGUAUUAACGAGGAAGAGGAAGAGAGUUGAUGCAUAUAUAUGGGUGACCCGCUGCACACGGUCCUCUUGUAGAAAGUGAUUAACGCAUUGUCUUUGUAUUUCCUUCAGUGUGAAUU